AUGGCUUCUCAUGGUGGUAACAUGUUUUCUCUGGCUAACGCCCAGUCUCUUGUGGCCGGUAUUGUUGCAGCUGCCCUCAGCACGCUCUGCCUUACCUCAGUCUUCUCCAGCAAGAGUCAGGACGAAGCCCCAGGGUUAAUUAAAUCCUUCUUCCUCUUUUUCUACUCCUCUUUCAUCAAACCCCACCAGGGCGGUAUCAAGGGUAACCAGCAAGAUGCCCUUGAGAGCUUUUACAAGAAGCAGGCCGGGGCUUAUGAUGCUACUCGAAAGGUCCUCCUCCGGGGCCGUGAGGAUAUGCUCGCCCUUGUCGCUGCACAGCUUCAGGCGAAGCUGAAGGAGACCAACUCCAAGUAUAGCAACAAGAAUAAGCGAAUCUGGGUUGAUAUUGGCGGCGGCACUGGCUUUAACAUCGAAGCCAUGGGCGCAUUUGUCAACGUCCCAACCUUCUUCUCGAGCGUAUACCUUGUCGACUUCUCCCCUUCUCUUUGUGAAGUGGCUAGAAAGCGAUUCGAGCGCCUUGGCUGGAAGAAUGUAAAGGUUGUUUGCGAGGAUGCUCGUAAGUUUCGUCUGGAGGAUUACGAGUCGGGCAUGCCCUCGCAGCCAAUCCCACCUCGAUCUCCAGCCUUGAGCUACUUUGACAAGCCGCGUCCGGACUUUGGUGGAGCGGAUCUGAUCACCAUGUCAUACAGCUUGUCUAUGAUUCCCGACUAUUACUCGGUCAUUGACUCUGUGACAUCGCUCCUAUCGCCCCAAGGCAUCAUGGGCGUUGUCGACUUCUACGUCCAAAACCAGACCGACUUUGCUUUCCGAAACUACACUGGUGGUUUUGUGGAUAGGCAUGUCAACUUCUUGUCACGAAGCUUUUGGCGCUCUUGGUUUGAUCUCGACCGUGUUGGUCUUGAGCCCAGUCGCCGGGAUUACCUCGAGUACAAGUUCGGCACUGUUCUCAAUGUCAACACUCGCAACAAGGGCCUGGGAGCUAUCCCAUACUACAUCUGGCUUGGAUGCCAUAAGAAGCCCUUUUCGUCGUCGAGUCUCCCUCACGAGAUUGUCGAGCGUAUUGAUGCUCUGGUUACUGAAUCGCCUUACAUGUAUCCCGUCAAUCAUGGAGAUGCCUUGACACGAGCUAUCGAGAGGUCUGCACCUGAGAUUCGUUCUAAGGCUUUCCUCACGGCUGUUCAGAACCUCUCAUCCAACCUGCCCCUUCCUUCUUUCUUCUACCAAAACCACCAUUGGCGCAUCUACUACGAUGAGCAGCUCCCAAAGCACACCCAGUUCAAGGACGAGUAUAUCUAUGCCUUCACUUGGGAGGACACUCGUGUCGACGAACGCCUGUUGAAGCUGGGUGCUGAUGACAAGGUCCUAGCCAUUACUUCUGCCGGUGAUAACAUCUUGUCGUACCUCCUGCAGAGUCCCGCCCGAGUUCAUGCUGUUGAUCUGAACCCCACUCAGAAUCAUCUCCUCGAACUCAAGGCAGCUUCUUACACUGCUCUUCCAUACGAAGACUUCUGGAAAAUCUUUGGAGAUGGCAAGCACCCUCACUUCCGCGAGUUGCUUAUCACUAAGCUCUCUCCUCAUCUUUCUGGUCGUGCAUUCCAGUACUGGCUCAAGAACAUCCAUGUUUUCCAGAACAGCAGCGGCUAUGGUCUCUAUGAUACCGGUGGUUCUCGCCACGCUAUUCGUGUCUUCCGUUGGAUUGCUCGAAUCUUCGGUCUUAGAAAGGCUGUGAAGCAACUCCUUGAAUCCAAGACCCUCAACGAGCAGCGAGAGACCUGGCGUAGGAAGAUUCGCCCCGCGCUCUUAUCUAAGCUUGUGUGCAACCUGGUUGUUUCUCAGGAGAGCUUCCUAUGGGCAGCUCUCGGUGUUCCCAAGAACCAGUUGGCCAUGAUUGAGGCUGAUCAUGCCGACUCGGACCUAGUCAAAGGUCCCAAGCCUACUGCCAAGAACACUCGUUCUCAUGCUAUCUGGCACUACAUGGUCAACACUCUCGACCCUGUUGCUGAGGAGACUCACAUCGUUGCUGAUAACCCUUACUACUAUGUCUGCAUGGACGGCAAAUUCUCUCCCAAGUGCCACCCUGAUUAUCUCAGCCCCAAGGCCCACGCGAAGCUGUCUCGCCCUAGCGCUCUCGACGGUCUCCGCAUUCAUACCGAUGAGCUGGAGGAGGUUAUUGCACGCAUCACCCCUGGUACCCUGACUGUUGCUGUUGUCAUGGACAGCAUGGACUGGUUUGAUACUGGCUCUCGAGCCGCUGCCGCUCAAAUCACAAAGCUCAAUCGAGCAUUGACAAUGGGCGGACGUGUGCUGCUGCGUUCUUCUGCGCUGACGCCUUGGUAUAUCAAGGAGUUUGAGAGCCAUGGUUUCACGCCCAAGCGACAUGGUGCCCGCACCGAUGGAGCUUGUAUCGACCGUGUCAACAUGUAUGCUAGUUGUUGGAUUUGCGCCAAGUCAGAGAACUUGCCUCCUCCUACACCUGAGAUGGAUCGAGCUGGAGGAUCUGAGAUUACAUCGUUGACUAUCUAA